AUGCAAAGGGAAAUUGAAAGCGUAAUUGAAUACGAUGAUAAAGCCGUAACGAUACUUGCAGAGCUGGGUUACGUGCUUUGUACAUAUUUUAAGCCAACGAAAGUCAAUCUACCUAACAGCGAAAACGCCGGGCAAAAUGGAGAAAGUGGUCAUCAGGGCAUUAAGCUAAAGGCGUUCGAGUUAAAGAAAUUCGACGGAAAGCUGGAAAAUUGGUUGCCAUUUUGGGAUCAGUUCAAGCUAGCUGUGCAUGAGAAUCGAAAAUUAUCAACGGCUGCAAAAUUUAAUUUCCUCAGCGAAUCUUUAAUUGGGAAAGCUGCGACUACAACAGCGGGGUUUACGUCAUCUGACCAAUGUUACAACGAUGCCAUAGCUCUGUUGCAAGAGGAGUACGGCAAUAGCGAAAAAUUAGUAGAAAAUUUUCUACAGAAAUUGAUGAACCUUAAGUUAGUACAGUCGUCGAGCGACGUUCAUGGUCUGCGACAACUGUAUAAUCAGGUGAGCGCCAUCAUGAGAUCCCUAACGGCACUUCAAAUACCAUCGUCUAACUAUGAAGUUAUGGUAAAGUCGGUAUUGCUGAAAUGUCUAUCAGCGGCCAUGCGCAUUCAAUUCCAUAGAUCAGCCGGGAGAGGAUCUCUCUCCAGCACGUUGCUCAACUCCACCGCUGAUAGCUCACAAAAUUGCGGCUCAAGUGACGCAGAGUUAAAGACUCUCCUGGACUUUAUCAGAGUCGAACUUGAAGCUCUGGAAAAGUGGUUGUUGUCAAAGCGUGAAUAUAACCGGCAUGAAGACCGCGAGCGAAAAGGAGGGCACGUAAAGGCACGUACCGCCACUGGCUUGUUUACCAGCUCGAGCGAUAAGCAACAGCAAUGUGUUUUUUGUAAGAAAAAUAAUCACUACACAAAAAACUGCAAGAGUAAUUUGAGUGCGGAACAGCGGAAAUUGGCCAAUUGGGAUGACGAAAUUAUCUAUUAUGGUUGCACCAUGUAUCAAAACUUUAUGCAUUGA